CCAAAAAUGUGAACCUCUCAAGAGCGGCUUAUCCCCUCCAUAUACACCAACGUAUAUAAACUAUAAACCACCCUUUUGAAAAUCAAGACAAGCUACGGGUAGACUCAACCAUGGAGACCCUGAAGCUCCCACACUCUCUACACUGCGGCCAUGGAGGCAAAAAGGCUCUCUUCCCAUUCCCCUCUUCGAGCUUGUCUCCCAGAUCACCCUUUCCAAUCUACCCGAACCGCAAAUUCGCGCUUUUCACUGGUCUUUUUAUGAGAACCAUUACCAUGGUUUCUCCUAAUAUUUUCCUGCGUGGUCAUUGUGAUCUAAAAGAAGCACAACAUGCGCAUUUUAGCAAAACCAGUACAUCAGCAUCGAUGCAGACCAUGACUGAGGAACUGAUGGAAGAUACAUCAAAGGAUGACCCUGUAAGUGGGGAUUCUAUUCGCCAUCGGUUUCUUAAUUUUUAUGCUUCCCGUGGUCACAAGGUUCUUCCAAGUGCUUCUUUGGUACCAGAUGAUCCGACAGUUCUACUGACAAUUGCAGGAAUGCUUCAAUUCAAGCCUAUAUUCCUUGGCAAGGUUCCCAGACAGGUACCUUGUGCGACAACUGCACAAAGAUGCAUACGUACCAACGAUGUGGAGAAUGUAGGUCGAACAGCUCGGCAUCACACAUUUUUUGAGAUGCUUGGAAACUUCAGUUUUGGAGAUUACUUCAAGAAGGAAGCAAUUAGAUGGGCAUGGGAGCUGUCGACCAUGGAAUUUGGAUUGCCAGCUGAGAGACUAUGGAUCAGUAUUUAUGAAGAUGAUGACGAAGCUUUUAAAAUCUGGCAUGAUGAGGUGGGGGUUCCUGUGGAGCGUAUAAAGAGGAUGGGUGAAGAUGACAACUUUUGGACUAGUGGAGUUACUGGUCCCUGUGGUCCCUGCUCAGAGAUUUAUUAUGAUUUCCACCCUGAGAGGGGAAUUUUAGACACUGAUCUUGGAGAUGAUACUAGGUUCAUAGAGUUCUACAAUCUGGUUUUCAUGCAAUACAACAAAACAGAGGAUGGUACUCUUGAACCCUUAAAACAGAAGAAUAUAGACACUGGGCUUGGUCUAGAGCGUAUGGCUCGUAUCCUCCAGAAGGUUCCAAACAACUAUGAGACUGACUUGAUUUAUCCCAUUAUAGAGAAGGCCUCAAAGUUGGCCAAUGUGUCAUAUGUUCUUGCUGAUGAUCAUACCAAGAUGAACCUUAAAAUUAUAGGAGAUCAUGUGCGUGCAAUUGUAUAUCUCAUAUCAGACGGAGUGUUCCCCUCAAACAUUGGGAGAGGUUAUGUAGUUCGGCGGCUUAUCAGAAGGGCUGUCCGUACUGGCAGGUUGCUUGGUAUAAAGGGGGACGGUAGGGGUAAUGUAGAAGGAGCAUUUUUGCCAAUAGUUGCAGAAAAAGUAAUAGAAUUAAGCACUCAUAUUGAUAUGGAUGUAAAGGACAGAGCAUCACGAAUUCUCGAGGAGUUGAAAAGGGAAGAACUUCGCUUUGUACAAACAUUGGAGAGAGGAGAAAAAUUGCUGGAAGAAAUGCUAGCUGAUGCAUUCUUACAUGCAAAAGAAAAUGGAACUGCACCUUGUUUGUCCGGCAAAGAUGCUUUUCUUUUGUAUGACACAUAUGGGUUUCCUGUAGAGAUAACAAAAGAAGUGGCUGAAGAACGUGGUGCAAGUGUAGAUGUGAAUGGUUUUGAUGUUGAAAUGGAGAACCAAAGACGUCAAUCUCAGGCUGCACACAGUGCUGUUAAACUUGCAGUUGGAAAUGGUGCAGAUAUUACGGAAGAUGUACCUGACACUGAAUUUCUUGGAUAUGACACCCUUUAUGCUAGAGCAUUAGUGGAGAGCCUUCUGGUGAAUGGGAACCCAGUGAUACAGGUUUCAGAAGGAAGUGAAGUAGAAGUUCUGCUGAACAGAACACCAUUUUAUGCAGAAUCAGGUGGUCAAAUUGCUGAUCAUGGCUUUCUAUAUUUUAGUGAUGGUGAAAGCCGAGAGAAAGCUGUUGUGGAGAUAAAAGAUGUCCAAAAAUCUUUUGGUAACAUAUUUGUUCAUAAGGGUACUAUCAGAGAGGGAGUUCUAGAGGUUGGUAGAGAAGUGGAAGCAACGGUAGAUGCAAAACUGAGGCAGCGGGCAAAGGUUCAUCAUACUGCUACGCAUUUGCUACAAGCUGCACUUAAGAAAGUUGUAGGCCAGGAAACAUCACAAGCAGGUUCAUUGGUUGCUUUUGAUCGUCUCAGGUUUGAUUUCAACUUCCACCGACCACUUCAUGAGAAUGAGAUUGUGGAAAUCGAAGGAAUUAUCAACAGAUGGAUUGGCGACGCAACACUUCUUCAAACUAAAGUCAUGCCUCUUGUUGAUGCAAAAAGAGCUGGGGCUAUUGCAAUGUUUGGGGAAAAAUAUGGAGAACAGGUACGUGUUGUAGAGGUCCCAGGUGUAUCGAUGGAACUAUGUGGCGGGACCCAUGUCAGCAAUACAUCUGAGAUACGUGGCUUCAAAAUAAUCUCAGAGCAGGGUAUAGCAUCUGGAAUCAGGCGAAUAGAAGCUGUGGCUGGUGAACCUUUCAUUGAAUAUGUCAAUGCGAGAGACUACCAUAUGAAAAACCUGUGUUCCACUCUCAAAGUGAAGGCUGAAGAAGUAACAAUCAGGGUAGAAAAUCUCUUAGAGGAGUUACGGAUGGUAAGAAAUGAAGUUUCUGCUUUGCGAGCAAAGGCAGCAGAAUACAAAGCAUCAACUGUUGCGAGCAAGGCAUUCCCAGUGGGCAGUUCAAAAAAGAUCAUGUUAUUAGUUGAGUGCAUGGAUGAUAUUGACGCUGAUUCACUGAAAAGUGCGGCUGAAUAUCUGGUGGAUGUACUACAAGACCCAGCAGCUGUGGUAUUGGGUUCAUGUCCAGGUGAAGGGAAGGUUAGUUUGGUUGCCGCAUUCACUCCUGGAGUCGUCGAUUUAGGAGUACAGGCAGGGAAGUUCAUAGGACCUAUAGCUAAGUUGUGUGGUGGGGGAGGGGGUGGCAGGCCCAAUUUUGCUCAGGCAGGCGGGAGGAAACCUGAGAAUUUGUCAAGUGCCCUAGAAAAAGCCCAAUCAGAGCUUGUCUCAAUCCUGACUAAGAAGGCAAGCUGACAUCUACGCUUAUUUGAUUGAAUUUCCUUGUGGAAAGUUUACACAAGCACAACUUUUGCUUCUCAAGGCCGCUUUGCAAUUCUUUGUUUACAACUGCUAAGGGUGUGCGCAUUUGCAUCUUUUCCUCACACAGAAAUGGCUGUAGAUUGUGACAAUACCCUUGGAGUAGGGGAA